CACGGUGUGUGUACGCUGUGUACGCCGGGAAUGGUGCCUGACAGACUGUACUCAGGGCUGCUAAAGCUGUGGGUUCAUUAAAGGGCCAGUGUGGAGGUUUGCAGCUGGCUCAAUACUGGGGCUUCUGGGAAUCGAAACUUAUCUGGGGCUGAAGUCAGACACGAGCAUCGACGGGUCCCUUCCUCCUCGGCUCGCUGUUUAUCAGCGUCAGCUCGACCUCUCGUCUGCAGAAAGUGUCUCCGUCUUAUCCCCCCCCCCACCCCCUUUGGACACUAAAUGACACGCGUUUAAACUUUUCGUCGGUUCAGUGAACUUCCUCACUUCCAUUGGGAAACAAGCAUGGACCCUGCCAGACAGAAGCGCAAGGAGGAGAUAAGCAAAUCCCUGACAUUUAUACAGUCUUCCCUGGCUUAUCCAGAGCCCGAGGGCUACCAGGACUUCCUGACCCGGUUAGUGUGCAACCUGCUUGAUGAGGGGAACGCCUCGUUCAAAGACAGAGACUGGGAGCAGGCGGUGAGAGAGUUCAGUGAAGGCUUGAAUGUCUCAUGCUACGCUGCAGCAGAGGAGAUCCAGAUCCCCGAAGCUUUGCUGGAGAGCCUGUAUGUCAAUAGGGCUGCUGCCUACCACAGUAUGGGGGAAUAUGAUCGGGGCGUGAAGGACUGCGACGGAGCUCUGAAAGUAUGUAAGGACAGCCGCAGGGCGCUGUACAGGAAGGCUCUUUGUUUGAAGGAGCUCGGGAAGUACAAGGAGGCCUACAACUGCACGACGGACUGCCUGCUCAUCACUCGUCUGGUAAAGGACAAACAGGUGAAUGAGCUCGCACAGGAGCUGGCCAUCCAUCUGGGACUCAAAAAUCGAAAACCCUAUGUCAUCACAAAGGACCGCUCACUUAUCACGAGAGGUGUCACAAAUGGAAACAUGACUGCUGAAGCCAUCAAGGUAUCUGGUGCUCAUGUAGGAAAUGGUAUGAAUCCUCUGAGUGGCCUGGCACCAGUCAGCUUUCCCAGCAUGCCUCAGUCCCCCAUUCCCUCGCCCGCUCCCAGCUGCCUCCAGCCUGCUGUCUCCCCAGCACCCAACAUGUUGGACACUUUGGACGACUCUGAGCGGUUGGGAGAUGACUUGGACAGCCUGCUCGACUGCUUCCCCAACGAGCAGGAGCCAACUGAGACCCCCACCCAGGCAGCAUUCUCAGACCCCAGCAGGACAUCCACCUGCGAGCACACAGUUCCUUCGGUCCUACCCGACCCAACGCCCCAGCUACCCCCGGCCUUCUUCAGCUCGGCCGUCAGCCACCUCAACUCCCUGGACUCCUUUUCAGGUGGUGGGUGCAGCACCACAGCUGUGACACUGGAUGCCCUAGACGAUCUCCUGACCUCUGGAAGUGGAGGUGGCACGGGCACUUCAAACCUAGCACUGACCUCCGUGGCGCUGAAGGCUCUGGAUAGCCUCGAUGCUCUGGAUAGCCUCGAUGCUCUGGAUAGCCUUGAUGCUUUGGGUGGCUUUGAUGCUUUGGGUGGCCUUGAUGCUCUGGAUGGCUUAUUGGAUACGGCUCCAGUUGCUGCUGCUGCUGCUGCUGCUGGGAAUGAGUCCAAAACAGAACUGGACGAAGGGGAGAAGUCUCUUGACGAUUUGCUAGAUGAACUAGAUCCCCUGGAGGCCGUCUCUGAUCCAGGUGGUCAGAGUGGUGAAGUCCCUAACGCUGGUGUGAUAUCUGUGGACCCGCUCAACGUCCUUGAUGCCCUGGACUCGUUUCCCUCAGUGGAAGGUGUUGUGGCAGCUUUGCCAGCAAUCUCCAUCGGGGGAACAGGUCUGGACUCGCUCUCCAGUUUCAGCUCAGCUGGUAUCACAAGCUCUCUUACUGCUGCAGCUCCAGUUAUGCGAUCUCCAAAGAAGAACUACAAAGAGAAGAAUAACCAAGCGCUGGGGGCAGUUUCUAACCCGUUGUCCUCCACUCAUGAGUUCCUGCAGGCCUGCUCUGCCUGUUUCCCUCGGAAAGGUAAAGGCAUAUAUACGUAUGUUCACAAGCCAGACUUGGUCCACAGCUGUGAGCGAGACAUUCUGUUAUGCAGACUAAAGGCAGGCUAUCCUUCGGAGUGGACCCGAGUGCGACCGAUGCCUACCUGGACUUCCUUCAGUGGGCCGUUUGUACUUUGCAGGGAGCUGCUGAAGUCCGGGGAUUUGGGCCUGUGUAAAUACGGAGAGCAAUGCACGUUUGCCUACAACCAGCUGGAGAUCGACGUUUGGACAGAAGAGAGAAAGGGAAAGCUGGACAGAAACCUGCUGUUUGAAUCAUCAGUUUUCCAACUGGACCCUGUAAACAGCAUCAUCCGCAUCAUGCAGGAGAACAAGGGCCUGUUCAUUUCCCUCUGUCAGGAAUGCUAUGACAGUAAACCUAGAAUCAUCAGUAAGCGUUGUAGAGACAAUCACACCAUCUGCUCUAACUCGGAUGCUCGCCACCCCUUCGAUGCCAAUAAGUGCUUGGCAUUUGUGGUGAGGACCCACAGUGUGAACUAUAGCAAGGUCCGACCGCUGGGCGUCCUGUGCCACUUGGAUUUGUGCCGGCCAGCCAUCCGUUACGGCUGCCAGAGAGAGGACAGCUGCUAUUAUGCCCACUCCGUUAUAGAGCUCAAAACCUGGAGGGUGCAGCGAGACACAGGUAUCAGCCUUGAUGAGAUUGUGAAAGUAUCCACAAAAUAUAAUGAUAAGCAGGAGCAAAACUCAAGCAAACUGAAAGGAAAUAAAUUGUCUUGUGGAGGUUCUGGGAGCAAACCAAGAGGAGUUGGGAAGAGUCUGAACAUGAACAUGAAGUUUGCCUGUGCUCAGUGCUGGCGGGACGGCCAUAUCCAUGGACCAGACAAAGCCCUCAAGUACUGCACUGCAAAGGCCAGGCACACGUGGACUAAAGAGAGAUGGUUACUGCUGGUCAAGUCCUUGGAGAGAAGUAAAUGGGUUCAGGUCCGACCGCUGCCACAUACCAAGAACUUCCCUCUGCACUAUGAUAUAUGUACUCAGAUUUUGGAGAAAAGGAAAUGUAACUACUCUGGGAACUGCACGUUUGCUCACAGCCCAGAGGAGAAGGACAUGUGGAUGUAUAUGAAGAAUAAUGACUUGCGGGACAUGCAGCAGAUAUAUGACAUGUGGCUGAAUUUAACUGCCCAAAACCGGCAAGCGGAUGGAGCCAUGCUCACCCAGCCCGUCCCAGAAGAGAAAAACAUUGUCAUGCCAACUGACUAUGCUGAGCUAAUGAGUGGCUUCUACUGCCAUCUGUGUGGUAAGCACAGUAACGGUGAGCGACAGUGGCAGCAGCACAUCUCCUCUGAGAAGCACAAGGACCGAGUGUUCAGCUGUGAGGGAGAAGACGAAGCUCUGACGUGGAGCUACCGUUUCCCUGGCACAUGCUUUGAACUCUGCCCCAAGUUGGAUGGCGGCUGUCCUGACGGUGUGAGCUGCGACUACGCCCACAGCUUAGAGGAGCUGCAGGAGUGGACUGAGAGACGGGAUUUCCUGCGACGGCAGCUGGCCAAAGCCAGGGAAGACAUGCUCAUCAUGCCUGAUGAGUGUGACUUUGGGAAGUACAAUUAUCUACUUCAGGACUGAGAAGACUUUUUUUUUUUUUUUUCUUAUUUUUUGUACUUUGUGAGCCAUAACUGCCAAACUAGCAUUCCAGUUUCUUAAAUCAUGACCCAAAUCAGCAGGUGACAUGAUCAAACUAGCAGUAUUUACAAUUGUCCUGCAAAAAGAUCACUUGAAGUAAUACAUAAAGCACAUUAGAGUGCGGAUCGGACCCCAGUUUUCUGUCCGAGCCCAGCCCGCAUCCGACAGAGCAGUAACCGAACCUGAGCCG